AUGAACUCUGUUUCUAUUGAUCAUUCAAACAUCACAUUGCUAGAUUAUUGUAAUUUUGCGUUCUUAAAUGGAGUUCAUCAUUGGUAUGGUUCCUCUGUCACUGACGACAAUGGAAAUCGUAAGUAUACUGAGGUAAUUGUAUCCUUUGACAUGAGACAUGAGGUGUGUGGAUUAAUAAGGAUGCCAAAUGGGGUGUUUAAUAGACAAAGUCCCCCACAGCGGGACAGCACUGUUUUUUCUUUUAUGAAAGAGCUUGCUUUGUUCAAUAAUUGCCUUGCUCUUAUUGUUUUUAAUGCUUGUCGUAAAAUACCAGAGAAAUACUUCAAUAUAUGGGUGAUGCGCGAAUAUGGGGUCGAGUAUUCUUGGACCAAACAACUUGUUGUAGGACCCCUCGAAGGAAUUCGGAGACCACUAGGAUUUGUCAAGAAUGAAGAGCUUAUUCUACUGCGUGACAAUAAAGAUCAUACAGUAGCUUUGUAUAUUGGUUCUCAAGAAAUGAAGAAUCUUCAACAUUCAGGGCUUCCAAACUCGUUCUACCCACGCUGUGCUCUGCUCUAUGUGGAGAGCCUAGUUUCAUUAAAUAGUGGAAAUGUGUUUUAG